UUUCAUCAUCUUUUCGCUUUUCGGGGAGCAAAGAACAACACUGGCUUUAAAUUUGCCCGUUUUCCAGCAAUUCUGAAAGUGAUCUCGAAGAGAGGGGUACGGAGCAGCCAUGCCAACCAUAGGAGUAAACAGGGAUCUCCUUUUCGAGAGGCUCAGGAGGACGUACACUGAAGAGGAGUUUGAUGAGCUCAUGUUUGACUAUGGGCUGGAACUGGAUGAAGUGACUUCUGAGAAGGCCAUGUUGGAGAAGGAGCAGGGAGUGACUGCACAGGGAGCUUCUGAAGCCAUCAUCUACAGGAUAGAGAUACCUGCCAACAGAUAUGACUUACUGUGCUUGGAAGGUCUGGUGAGAGCCUUACUGGUUUUCCAAGAAAAACAGAAGGCGCCCAAAUACAAGGCUGUCCCCCCUGCCGAUGGCAACAUGCAACAGCUCAUUAUUCAAGAAGCGACUGCGCAGGUGCGCCCCCAUGCAGUCUGUGCGGUACUGCGGGGUGUCAACUUUACUCAGGCCAUGUACCAGAGCUUCAUUGACCUACAGGACAAACUGCACCAGAACCUCUGCAGAAAGAGGAGCCUGGUUGCCAUCGGAACCCAUGACCUUGACACCAUCCAAGGUCCCUUCAUCUACAACGCAAAGCCACCAGCAGAGAUCAAGUUCAAGCCUCUCAACCAGACCAAGGAGUACACAGCUGUGGAACUCAUGCAACUGUACAAGUCUGACAGCCAUCUCAAGCACUUCCUGCACAUUAUCGAAGACAAACCUGUGUACCCCAUCAUCUAUGACCAGAAUGGUGUGGUCCUGUCCAUGCCACCAAUUAUCAAUGGUGAACAUUCAAAGAUUACCCUGAACACCAAGAACGUUUUCAUCGAGUGUACGGCCACAGACCUGCACAAAGCUAAGAUGGUGUUGGACUCUCUGGUCACCAUUUUCUCUGAGUACUGCCAGACACCUUUCAUGGUUGAGGCUGGGGAGGUGACCACCCCAGAUGGUACCAAGCUUACAUAUCCUGCUCUUCCCUACAGAGAGGAGAUUGUUGAUGUGGCCUGGAUCAACAAGAGUGUAGGAAUAAGUGAGAGUCCUGAGUCCAUAGCCAAACUGCUGACCAGGAUGUGUUUAUCAUCAGAGGUCGUGGAAGAGUCAAAGGUCAAAGUUGAGAUCCCACCCACCAGAUAUGAUAUCAUCCAUGCGUGUGACAUCAUGGAGGAUGUGGCUAUAGGAUAUGGCUACAACAACAUCCAGAUGACCUUCCCUAAAACCAACACCAUAGGAGACCAGUUUGGGCUAAAUAAAGUCACAGACCUCCUGAGACAAGACAUUGCAGCUGCCGGCUUCACCGAGGUUCUCUCCUUCUCAUUGUGUUCUAGAGAUGAUGUAGCAGGGAAACUCAACAAAGACAUCGAGUCCUCUGGUGCUGUUCACAUCGCAAACCCCAAAACUCUAGAAUUCCAGAUUGCUAGAACAACCUUGCUGCCAGGCAUUCUGAAAACCAUUGCUUCCAACAAGAAGAUGCCCCUUCCCAUGAAACUGUUUGAGAUCUCAGAUAUCAUUCUACAGGACAAGGACAAAGAUGUCGGUGCGAAGAACUUGCGACACUUCUGUGCCGUGUACUACAACAAGAACCCCGGGUUUGAGAUCAUCCACGGUCUGCUGGACAGGUUCAUGCAGCUGUUGGAGGUUCCCUACAGUAAGGAGGGGAGUGGCUACUUCAUCAGGGCAGCUGACGAUCCUACCUUCUUCCCCGGUCGCUGUGCUGAGGUUGUGGUGAAAGCUCAGGUUGUGGGGAAGCUGGGAGUUCUACACCCUGAUGUAAUCACCAAGUUUGAACUCAACAACCCGUGUGCAGCUCUGGAAAUCAACCUGGAAGCCUUACUUUAACCAAUCAGCUCUCAGCUUUUAGGCUGGUGUUUUAGUGUCCAAUAGGAAGUGGCUAUAAUUAUCCCAUGAUGCAACACUCUUAAUAUUUGUGGGAAUGAAAAUGAUUAUGUGAGCAUGCAAUUCUGUUGUAUGCAGAACAGUUACCUCUGUCAGCAUUGUAAUAUUGUAUGGGCCAGUUGGGAAAAGUACAGAUAUGCUUAGGGACUGCAUCAAGUUGCAUGAAAAGGGCUUUACUUCACUUUAAGGACAGAGACAGACUGCUGAAAAUAAGUAAGUAAGUAAUGUUAGGGAAGUUUACUCAAAGCUGAUAUGUAGGGGUUGAUAUUGGAGGGAGCAAGAAUGGUAAAUAUAUAAAUUAAGGGGAAGGGGAAACAAUACAAGUAGGGUAGGUAUGGAUAAGGGUGUUGUGAGACAAUGUGAGAUGUACAGUACUGUGGUACAAAUAUGCAUGGCCACAGACUAGGAAACUUGUGAAUAAAACUGGCUACUUGAUAAGGUGGCACUGCUCCUGCAAUGCCUGAUGCUAUAUGUUUAAACCUU